AUGAAUAACCAACAAGGCUCAACAACAUCAUCCGAUAAAAAGAAGCCUGGUCGAAAACCCACUUCAACGUCACCUGCAUUACGCAAGGCACAGAACCGUGCAGCACAACGUGCAUUCCGUGAACGUAAAGAAAAGCAUAUUGUCGAACUUGAGGCCGCCAGUAAACAGCUACGUGAACAACGAGACAAGUUGAUGACCGAAAACAAAGAGUUACGCAGCCAUGUGGGUGUUCUUGGUUAUGAAGGCUGGCAUUUGAAAGGUGCUAUGCUGAGUCUACAGUUGAUGUGCUUUAUGAACAAUAUUGCUAUACCUGAUCAUAGCCCAUACCUUGACCAACAACAGCAUUCACUUGCAAAUGAAUCCAUUCAUCCUGGUGUCAUUUCAGCUUAUAAUUCCGCCUGCAAACGCAACACGCCACCUUCAUUUUCCUCCUCCAACAACAAGAAACAUCCUCCUCAUGAUCGUAAAAGUGACAACAAAGAUCAAACUCAACACUACCUAUCGACUGGUUCGAUUCUCGUGUACAAAGACAGCAUCCAGACGGUUGUGGGAAAUCGCAUCACUACACGGAUCCGAGCUACACCACCACCUCAGCCAUCAGCUCCCCUUCCACCAUCAUCAGCGGACUCAAGCAUGUCCUUAUCAUCUUCUUCUUCAUCAUCCGAAACAUCCGAGACACCGGUAUUAAAGCAACAUAGUAUGACAACAACGACAACGAGCUCUUCAUCGCCUCCAGGUGCCGGUCAGCACCGCGUUUCGAAUCGUCGUGCAUCGUUACACAACAAUGAUGCCACAUCUCCAGAUUGUACCAGUGCAACAACCGGUGAGGAUGAACAUGUGGAAAAACGACAUCAUGGUGUGAUAGCAAUGGAUGAAGACAAUGAUGAGGAUGAGGAUGAAGCUGUUUUCAGUGCCCGACCCAUUAUGCUUACGCGUGAGCCUAUACCAUCCUUCAACAUGGCCAGCUUGCAAACAUUACAAUUACGGCAUAAACUCCAAGCGGCAAGCUCCAAAAUGGAAAGCGGCACAUUUGUCAUUAAACCUACGGUGUUACAGACCACUGUACCACACGAUCCUAGAAUUGAUUUGAUACCCAUUGCAGCCAUGCGAGACCGAAUGAUUUUGUUUUUCGAAUUAUUUGACUUGGAUGAUUGUAUCGCUUGUAUCCUAAAAGGCAUUGAAUACAAGGGUGCUGGUGAUCCAUCCCACGCUUCAAGUUGGCGAUUCCCAUCUCAAUUUUAUGAAGAUUACUGGUACCUGACACCGGAUUACAGCAUUGAUGAAAUACGUCAACGAUGGCCUGGGUUGAAGAAGAUGCAAGCAGAUGGCAGUAUGCAUAUGCUUUUAUCCAAAGCCGCUAAUAUGAGCCAACUUGCCUUGAGCGGUGAAGGUGAUGAUGGUGAUAGUAACCCCUUGUUGGCAGAGCCAACAACAGCAGCAGCCUUGGAAUCUCUCUUUCCUAAUCACCAUGGUCGACCACCUCAAGGUUAUCCAUUUGAAAAUUUCUUGUCCUCACAACAGCAAACAUCCACCACCACCGAUGAUUAUGAUUUUCUACCACCUCUCGAAAGCAUCAACACGCAUCACCAACAACAACCCUUCCAACACAGGAUGGCACCACUGGAUCAUGAGGAAGAAGAUCAUCAUCGUCAUCAGCCUAUAACAUUACGUCCUCCAGAUGACAUGUUGUUGGAUCGCCGCUGA